AUCAAGGGACUCUGGACCCCGGAGGAGGACGCGCAUCUCCUGAGGCUCGUCGAGGAGCACGGCACCAAGGAGUGGUCCAAGAUCGCGCGCCUUCUCCACAUGCGCGAUGGCAAGCAGUGCCGGGAGCACUGGCACAACCACCUCCAGCCCGACAUCAAGCGAGGGCCGUGGACGGAGGAGGAGGAACGCGCUCUCAUCGCCGUGCACGAGAAGCUCGGCAACCGCUGGGUCGACAUCGCCGCCGAGAUCCCCGGACGGACGGACAACGCAGUCAAGAACCACUGGAACGCCACCAAAAAACGCCGG